GUCUGAUUAAUCAGUUGACCAAAUAAACCCUUAAGUGAUGGUUAAGCUAAUGAUGAGUUUUGUGUUUCUGGGGCUGCUGCUGUGCCUUGCAGCAGGCAACUCUCCGCCAGAAUUUUGGGACCGAAACCAUAUUUGCACGAAAGACAUAGAUUAUGGCCACUGCCGUGAAAAUCAGAUACGUUGGCAUUACGAUGCAACGUCCAAGUCCUGCAAGCCUUUCUACUACAGCGGAUGUGGUGGAAAUUAUAAUCGAUUCUUGCGUAAAAGCGGAUGCAUGGACUACUGCAUGGAUCCGGAUUACCCCUUUAUGGAACAGUAGAAAUUUGAGCUUUGUAUUAUUUAGCUAUAACAAAUGCAGCCAAGUGGUAUCAAGUAAACAAUUUACAUGGAUAUAUGAAAAACGACAGAGUUAUGUUAUGU